UGGCUGUGGUGUAGGCCGGCAGCUUUGCCUGCUAACCUGGGAACUUGCAUGUGCCGCAGCUGCAGCCAUUAAAAAAAAAAAGUUAUAUUUGAGCAAAGACCCAAAUGAUAGAAGAGAUCGAGCCGCGUGGAGAUCUGGGAGGAAAGCAUUCCAGUCCAGUCUGAGGGAACAGCAGAUGCAAAAUCUAUGGAAGGCAAGAGCUUGGUGACCGAGGAACAGAUAGCAAGGAGGCCAGUGUGGGAGCCCAGAGGUGGAGCCUGACCCUGGCUGGGUGGGGUGGGUUCACUCCUUGGAGGAGGGGAUGGCAGAGCGGACACCCUAGAGGAUAUAUAAUUAAACAAUAGGGCUCAGCAAUCUAGAAUCAGAUUCCCUGGGUUCAUAGUCCUACUUCAAGUCACACCAGUUCUGUGUGACCUGGGACUAGUUAAACAACCUGUUCCGCCUCAGUGUCUUCAUCUGUACAAUGGAAAUAAUAGUUCCUCCUGAGGAUCAGACAGGGCCCCAGUGUUCCAACCACUCAGUAUGCCAGAUCAGGUGCUUACCUGGGUCCACUGGGAGCUAGGCAGAGUGGGGAGGGAUCAGCUGGACUGGUGGGGUACCUGGGCUUUUUCCCAAGGGCACUGGGGAGUCAUAGCAGGUUCUCAGCCAGAUAGGGACAAGAUCAGGUUUAUACUUUAAGAAGAUCCUUCUGGCUGUGUUGUGCAGGAUGGUUGGUAGCAGGCUGGGUGGUGGGGAUGUGGAACCACCUUUGGUGUCUCUUGAGUUCACCUGGCACUGAAAGGAUCUAGGCCAGUGCUGUUCAAUAGAAAAUAGAGUGAGCUUUACAUGUAACUGAAGAUCUUUGAGUAGUCACAUUUAAAAAGUCAAAAGAAAGAGAUGGAGUUAACUUUAAACAUUUUAAUUGAACUCAAUUACAUCCCAAAUAUUAUUAUUUUAACAGGUAACUAAUAUUUUAAAAAACAUUGUCGAGGUAUUUCAUAUUCUUUUCUUGUACUAGAUCUGAGUCAGAUUUGUGGUGCCUUGUGGAAGGGCUGGCUGGCCUGAGAGUGCCUUUUGGCCACACGGCCUUAGCCUCCAAUGCCAGGCCCUGAGGCUUAGACUCACUGCCAAGGGAGCCGGCCCAGGGUUCUGCCCAUUGUUUUUCAAGGUGAGGUGAUCCCGCUGCUCAGUUUCUCCCGCAGGAAAUCUCGGCCCCUAAGGUUCUCUGCCAAAACUAGGCACUUUGAGAUAUUUUUGCUCCCAUCCUUCGGCCCUGAAGUCUCAAUCCCUGAGCCGCCUGGCCCUUUAAAUCUCAGCUGUCAAUCAGGGCUCCUGUUCGGAGGGAACGUGGUGAUAAACCUCUCCUUGAAUGCCCUGGCCGAUUUCCUGGCCUGGUUCCUCCAUUUAGCAGAAAGUUGGGAAUUGUUCCACACUCUCUUGCACUCGGCUGUUUCCACACCCACUUCGUCACCUCUCGUCUCCUCCGCCCUCUUUCGAAGUUGGGCCCCUUCGCCAAGGCCUUCCUUAUAUGGGCACGGCCCCGAACGGCCGCCGCUCAUUGGCUGGGGGCUUCACACGCGCGUCUGUCAACAAAGGGGCGGGGUGAAACCAGUCGGGCGCCAGCCCCCACGACCGCCGGAGGGAAGGAGCGAGGGGGCGGGCCCGCUUCAGCUUCUUGCGCACGCGUGUGGGGUGGCCCCUGGAGCCCCCCACCGCCAGCCGGGUCCUGAGAUGUGGUGAACCAGCCUGCCUGUCUGCCGCCUUUCCCCAGAAUGGACCGAGGUGGCCUCUUGCCCUUCCAGCUGUGGUGCCCUCGGCCCUUUGGCACCUACUCCCAGAACCAGCCGCGCCCGCCUUCCGCAGCGCUCAAGCCAGCUGCCUGCUCCGAGCCAGGCAGUGGGGCGGAGCCAGAUCAUGGUCCCGCCCACUCAGAGAACACACCCCCGGCCUUGGCAGCCGAGGCGCCCGCUUCCCAGCCUGCCCCACUCCUUUCCGCAGCAGCUGCUGGCGACGAGGGUCGAGUCCUGCUGGACACGUGGUAUGUCAUCAAGCCUGGCAAUACAAAGGAGAAGGUGGCCUUCUUUGUGGCCCACCAGUGUGGUGGGGGCAGCCGGGCCAGCUCCAUGAAGGUCAAGGGGCACUGGGGCAGUGACAGCUCCAAGGCCAAGCGGAGGAGGCGCUGUCUUGAGCCUACUAAGGCUCCGCCGGACCCAGGGGGACAGGACGGGCCCCCUCCUGCUGAGGGGGCCCCGGCCUCAGCCAGCGAGGAUGUAGACCUGCUCUCUGUGGCCGAGAUGGUGGCCCUGGUGGAACAGCGGGCCGCCCUGGCCUUGCAGAACUACUCGCGCCCCAGCGCUCCAGCACCCGUGGUCUUUGUGUCGGCUGAGCAGGGCGGGCCUGCCAAGGGGCUGGGGUCCGAGCGGCGGUCGGGUGGUGGGGACUGCAGCCGGGUCGCUGAAGCGGUGGCCCACUUCGAGGCCCAGCGGGACAGCCCUCCAUCCAAGGGCCUCCGCAAGGAGGAGCGGCCUGGGCCAGGCCCCGGGGAGGUGCGCAUCGCCUUCCGGAUCUCCAACGGCCGAGAGCCCCGGGCACCGGACGGUGGCCUGCCCAAUGGGAGCGGGGGCCGGCCAGGUUGUGCCUACCCUGGCAGCCCCGGUCCUGGGGCCCGGGCCAAGGACAAGAUCACCUGCGACCUUUACCAGCUCAUCAGCCCGUCUCGGGACGCCCUGCCCAGCAACGUGGAGUUCCUGCUGGCCAGGGCGGAUGAAGCCAGCGAGGGUGAGAGCCCAGCCCCCGCCAGGCCCGAGGACACGCCCCCGGCCCCCCCUCCCCCCCCUGCCCGGGACUGUGGCGCGUCAGGCUUCCAUGUGGAUGUGGUGGUGACGGGCGUGGUGGAUGAGUGCAUCUUCUUUGGCAAGGACGGCACCAAAAAUGUGAAGGAGGAGACGGUGUGCCUGACGGUCAGCCCCGAGGAGCCGCCCCCACCCGGCCAGCUCUUCUUCCUCCAGCCCCGGGGACCUGACGGGCCUCCCGAGCCACCCCCGGCCGACGCGCCGGCCGCCGCGCCAGGCCCGGACGAUGCCGAGGGGACGACGGACACUUCCCUGUGCCGCCUGUACCGGCACGUGUCGCACGACUUCUUGGAGAUCCGCUUCAAGAUCCAGAGGUUGCUGGAGCCGCGGCAGUACAUGCUGCUGCUGCCCGAGCACGUGCUAGUCAAGAUCUUCAGCUUCCUGCCCACGCGGGCCCUGGCGGCCCUCAAGUGCACCUGCCACCAUUUCAAGGGCAUCAUUGAGGCGUUCGGCGUGCGGGCCACAGACUCGCGCUGGAGCCGCGACCCACUCUACCGCGACGACCCUUGCAAGCAGUGCCGCAAGAGAUACGAGAAGGGCGAUGUGUCGCUCUGCCGCUGGCACCCCAAGCCCUACCACCACGACCUGCCUUACGGACGUUCCUACUGGAUGUGCUGCCGCCGAGCCGACCGCGAGACGCCCGGCUGCCGCCUGGGUCUGCACGAUAACAACUGGGUGCUGCCCUGCAACGGGCCAGGCGGUGGCGGCGGGGCCCGGGCCGGCCGGGAGGAGGGGAGGUGAAGCCGGGGGAGGGGGGGGGAAGAGCCCACCAUGCCCACCCCCACCCCCUCCCCCGAGGAGCCGAGGGUCAGGACUGGGGUCCCCGGCCCACACCCCUCCUCCAGGCAUCGUUGGGCCCCCCUCCAGAACUGAGAUGGGAUUCUGGGGGAUGACCCGAGAAAGCACUCUGAUUGACCCCUGGUGGUUUUCUACUCUGCAGACACUCAAGUUGGGUGUUUUGGUUGUUGGUUUUUUUUUUUUUUUUUUUUGAAUCAGCAUCUCAAUUUCUUCUCCAUUCAGCCCCAGUGCCCUCCUUGCCCCUCACUCUCCAUACCCCAGGGACCCACCAGCAGGGAGCAGACGGCAGCUAAUUUUGGUACUACUUAAGGGUUCCCCCAUUCUGGCCCCCUUCCGCUCCCUCCCCCAACUCUUUCUCUCUGGAGCUGUUUUCUCCCAAGAGGCUGCAGCACCCAAGGUUGGUACCCUUCCUAACCUAUGACACCAGGGCUCACCUCCUCUUUAGGAGAUGGGGGCCAUCAGAUCAUCCGAUCACAUGGCAGCCUACCAUUUCUAGACACUUUCUCCCGUUAAAACAAUAAAAAAUGUUUUCUCCUUAGCCUCAAGCUAUCAGUCUCUCUACUUCCCCUAAAGGGGAAGAGGGGGAAAAAAAGUUGCAGUAUGAAAAUUCCCCUCCUCCCAAUGUUAAGCUAUUGCCAUGCCUCUCCCCUCCCAUCCCCCCACCCCCACCUCCCCCCUCCCAAAAAAAAGCUGUGAAGCCCUUUGCCUCGCUCUUGACAGCGUGGGGGGCCGGUGGGCAGGGACUGUGGCUUUGAAUUUCUGGGUUUUUCCUUUCACUCUGGAUACUUGUUCAGGUGUUGGGGUCUUUCCACCCCCAGUCACAUGCAUUUCUUUGGACUCCUUUGGUCAACCAAGACCUUGAUUUUCAGGCAGUUUGAUCUGGGGUGGUUUUUUUUUGUUCUCUUUGGGUUUUUUUUGUUUGUUUGUUUUGGUUUGGUUUUUUCAUCCUUGUGGUUCUGGAAAGCUUCUAACGUGUGGCAUCUGACCAGUUUUGAAUUGGUCCUUUCUAUAAAAUCAAUAUUUAUAA